AUGAUGGGCUCCGUGCUCCCGGCGGAGGCCCUGGUGCUCAAGACCGGGCUGAAGGCGCCGGGGCUGGCGCUGGCCGAGGUCAUCACCUCCGACAUCCUGCACAGCUUCCUGUACGGCCGCUGGCGCAACGUGCUGGGCGAGCAGCUCUUCGAGGACAAGAGCCACCACGCCAGCCCCAAGACGGCCUUCACCGCCGAGGUCCUGGCGCAGUCUUUCUCCGGCGAGGUGCAGAAGCUGUCCAGCCUGGUGCUGCCGGCGGAGGUGAUCAUCGCGCAGAGUUCCAUCCCCGGCGAGGGCCUCGGCAUCUUCUCCAAGACGUGGAUCAAGGCCGGCACCGAGAUGGGCCCCUUCACCGGCCGCGUCAUCGCCCCGGAGCAUGUGGACAUCUGCAAGAACAACAACCUCAUGUGGGAGGUGUUCAACGAGGACGGCACGGUGCGCUAUUUCAUCGAUGCCAGCCAGGAGGACCACCGGAGCUGGAUGACCUAUAUCAAGUGCGCGCGUAACGAGCAGGAGCAGAACCUGGAGGUCGUCCAGAUUGGCACCAGCAUCUUCUACAAGGCCAUUGAGAUGAUCCCCCCUGACCAGGAGCUGCUGGUGUGGUAUGGAAACUCACACAACACGUUCCUGGGGAUCCCUGGUGUGCCCGGACUAGAGGAGGAGCAGAAAAAGAACAAGCAUGAGGACUUCCACCCGGCGGACUCGGCGGCGGGCACCGCGGGCCGCAUGCGCUGUGUCAUCUGCCACCGCGGCUUCAACUCGCGCAGCAACCUGCGCUCGCACAUGCGCAUCCACACGCUGGACAAGCCCUUCGUGUGCCGCUUCUGCAACCGCCGCUUCAGCCAGUCGUCCACUCUGCGCAACCACGUGCGCCUGCACACGGGCGAGCGCCCCUACAAGUGCCAGGUGUGCCAGAGCGCCUACUCGCAGCUGGCCGGCCUGCGCGCCCACCAGAAGAGCGCGCGCCACCGGCCGCCCAGCGCCGCGCUGCAGGCGCACUCGCCCGCGCUGCCCGCGCCGCACGCGCACGCGCCCGCGCUCGCGGCCGCCGCCGCCGCGGCCGCACACCUGCCGGCCAUGGUGCUGUGA